UCCGCGCACGCAGGACGCUCGAUCCACGCCGGGCCGUCGCGCACCCAGCGAGCCGCGGUCGCACGUGAGGAUUCCAAGGAUUACCAAGGAUACGGCCCCAUGGGCACCCUACCCUCCAGCAGUCCGGGAGGACCAAGAAUCCCUCCAGUGGGAUGAGUGUAUGUGUGUGCAGUGUCAGUGUGUGUGAGUGAUUAGAGUGAGCGAUGUGUCCGGCCAGUGAUUCAGUGCACCAGUGAUCUCUUGUGAGCCCCUUGCGUGGCAGUCUCCGCGCGUGAGUGUGAGUGAGUGUGGCCGCUGUGUCGCGUCUGUGUCGGCGCAGGGGCUGCUGAGCAGCUGCCGAGCGCCCACAAGACCCUCGCGUCGCUCUCGGCGUCUCGGCCAUGGUGACCAUGGAGACCGACGAGGAGCACCGCCGCCCUCUCACUGGCGGCUCCAGGACGCCGCAAGGAGACAAGAACAAUGGCGUCUCUGCUGGCCAGAGGAGCGCCGCCGCCACCCCCGAGCCCGGGGGCGUGGCGCGGAGGGGCAGCGGGGGCCACGGACCCAUCCCGCUGCCCGCCAUGGAGCUCAGCCCCGCGCCCGGCCCCGAGGUGCUGCUCAUACGGCCCGAGUCGGCCAAGACGUCGCCGCCCGCGCUGCCCCCGAGACCGCGGGUGCCGCCCCGGCCGGCCUCCAUGGCGGCGGCCGCCGCAGCCCGCGCCCGGAACGGUGGCUCCGGCCCGUGCGGAGGGCUGUGCUGGCGCGGCGGCGGCCUGCGCAAGUACGUGUUCCUGUGCGCCGCGUGCGGCGGCAUGUCCUCCCUGCUCGGCAUCCUGUUCCUGGCCGUGUACUUCAUGCUGCGGUCCUACACGUCCUCCCUCAUCUACUUCGAGACGGUGCCCACCUACGUGCCAGCCUCCAUGCUCCUGUCCACCGGCCUGGUGGUCAUGUGUCUGGCGAGGAGGAGGAACAGGUACUCGUUCCUGAUGAAGCUGUGCGGCUGCGCGUGCCUGGCGAGCGCGGCGCUCUGCGUGCUGGUGACCGUGGCCACCACGGUGGUGCACAUGAGCCGGCUGCAGUCGCUGAGCCAGUGCCACUACCAGCAGCGCACGCAGACGUGCACGUGCUACUCGGCCCUCGUCGACGCCACGGCCACGGACGCCUCGGAGGAGGGCGCGCGGUACGUGUUCAACGCCAUCCCCGAUUGCGACGUCAUCCACGGCGCCCUGUACUCGUGCCUGCGCGCCAUGUUCGGGCUCUCCGUCGUCGGCAUCCUGGUCUGCAUCUUCUCCGGCAUGCUCGUCUACCAGCUCUUCAGCCACGAGAAGAAGAAGAUGUACUGGGAGCAGCUGGAGCUGCGGUGCCGCUACCUGUACCGGCGGCAGCAGGCGUCGCAGCCCGCGGGGCAGGCGCUGCAGCACGCCGGGCUGGCCGGCCUCACGCACCACUGCGGCAGCUGCAGCUGCUGCGACGACUGCCGCGACCUGCACACGCCGCCGCCCUCCAUCCCUUGGGAGUUCAUGGACAACCGGUACUGGGCGCCGGGCCGCGUCGGCAACCUGUACUCGCCCAACCCGGAGGACCACCACCCCGCCGUCACCGGCGUGGCCGGGCGCUCCGGACACGGCGCCGCGGUGCGGCCCGCCCAGAGCACCCCCAGCAGCGCGUGGAGCUGGCGACGGCUGCCCUGGGGGCGGUCCGGCAGCGGCAGCGCAGUGGGCGCAGCCCCCGCCCGCGGGCCCGGCGACGGCGCCAUGUGCACCAUCCGGCCGCAGAACGUGUCCACCGACAGCCAGUACGGCUUCAACGCGGCGGGCAUGACCAUGGGCAUGAACAUGAACCCCCACCACCUGAGCAGCGCCAUGAGCACCCUGGGCAGCCACCUGGGCAGGGACCCGUCGGUGGGGCCGUACCUCCUGUCACAAGUGUACCCCGCGCCGCAGCCGCACCCGCGGCCCUUCGCGCCCGGCCCCGUCCACGGGCCGUCGGACGGCAUGGGCAUGCCGCUGCCGCUGGCCGUCCCGAUGCCACUGACCCUCGCCGACGACCUGGGACCGCAGUUCUACUUGUGGGGGCCCCCGCCUCCGUACAUGUCCAACCCCGCCUCGGCCGCCAACAGCCCCGCCCGGAGGGACCCCAGCCACCCCACGCAGGCGUCCGCCAGCCCGCCGCCCGCGGCGGCCAACCCGUACCCGCUGCUGUCGCGCAGCAGCCAGAGGCCGCACCGGUGCACCCCCACUGGCGCUGCCGCCCCCGCGGCCGCCGUGGAGCGGCCGUUGUCGGCGGGCGAGGACGCGGGAAGCACCUCGGCACUGGACUCGUUGUCCAGCCCGGAGAAGAGCGUGCCGCGCAAGAAGAGGAAGAAGGCCGGGCCUGGGGCGGAGGCCGCCGACGAGGGCGAGUCCUCGGUGCAGCAGCCCGACUCCCCCGAGUCCCCCGCCCCGACGCCCGCCCCGUCCGCGCAGGCCGCGGUGCCUGGGGUGCCCGGGGUGCCUGGGGUCCACCUCCACGGCGCGCGGAAGGCCAAGAAGCGCUCGGACGCCCCCGUGGUGCCCGGGUCGAGGCACGGCGCGCGAUACCACCACCGGCCAGAGGCCACCACGCACCAGGGCCACCAAGGCGCGCACCGCCCCGCCUCUGCGGACAGCUGCUGCGCGGACCGGCCGUGCUGCUCGCGGGGCGACACGAGCGACGACGUGGACACGGAAGGCUACUCGUACCCGCGGCUCAAGUUCCCGCCGCCGCAGCCCUCGUCGCCGCCGGCCGCCGCCCCGCCCAGCGACAGUCAGGCCAUCCUGGCCGCCUUCGACAACCAGGCCUUCCAGGACGGCGCGGCGGACCUGCCGGCCGCGCCCUGCAGCGCGGGGACCUCGGCCGCCACCAGCACGCCGGUCAAGACCGUGACCCUCGGACCGCAGGGGCCGCUCGUCUGCAAGAAGCGGCCGUGCGACCCCAACGAGUCCGAGAUCUACUUCGGCGACGACUCGUCGUGCUGCAACGUCUCGGAGCAGCACUCCUCCCUCACCUACGAGGAGCCCGGGCAGCCUAACCAGCAGCCGCCGCAGCAGGGCCGCGAGCUGCGCGCCUUCAAGCUGGUGCACUCCAGCGUGCACGCGGGGCAUCCGGGGCAUCCGCACGUGCACUUGCAGCAGCGCAGCAUGGACGGCGCGCUGCCCUUGCCGCGGCCCGUGUCCGUGCACCGGCCCAGCGCGUCCACGCUGUCCGACACGGCCGUCGUGGACCCGUCCUCGCACUACCACCUGCACGCCGUCGACGCCGAGGCCCCGCGGCAGCGCAUGCCCCUGCCGCUGCCCCACCAGCCCCUCCAAGCCCCCCGCAACCCUAGUCUCGCGCCGGACGCGCAGUACGAGUCGAUCGCGGACAGCAACGUGUACACCUACAUCAGCCCGCUGUCGCUCGUGCACCACCCGCAGGCCUCCGCGGCCUCGACGUCGACCUCGGCCCCGGCCGCGGCCUCCACGCCCGCCCGGCGGUCCUUCAAAGCGCCCUGUGAUUCCCAGCACGCCGCGCCGGAGCGGCCCGAGCAGACCGCCGACGACAAGGACAACGCCCUGAACGCGCAGAGGGAGACCUCGGCCUCGGCCGCGCCAGCCACGCACACCCACCCCCUGGUCCACAACCACGCCAACCACGCAUGCUCGCCGGACGAGCGGCCCGGCAUCGACGUGUAGGUAGACCAUGCUGCUUCCAAAGAGAGAGAGAGUCAAUGUGUGUGAGUGAGUGAAUGAGUAACUGUGUGUGUAUGUGUGUGUGUGCGUGUGUGUGCGUUUGUGGGUAUGAGAGGCAAAAUGAGUGUGUAACUGUUGUCGCCCAGACCAAAAACCAAAAUAUCAAAGGGCUCUCCACAGACGUUGUCGCCUCAUUGACUGGUGGGCAUGUUGGUUUGAGAGUUCUGGUGGGAAAUUCUACCGUUGAUAGACUGUACGAAAGUGGAAGCAGUGGAGGGGUGGGUACCUGGGGCUGAAACGUGGUUUUACUCCGCUCCAGGUUCAAAUCCUUUCAAAACACCAAAUGCGAGGGGGAAAUCACUCGCGUAAUAGUCGGGUCACCAAUUCCUAGUAUUACGCGUAAUAGUAAUAGCGUAAUAGCCAAAUUUUUUAAAACUUUCCCUUCUUUUUUGGGUCCGAUUUUAGCCUAAGUCUGGAUAUUUUCGAGCGUAAUAAGCCUUCUGUAAUGGCGUAAUAGAACGUAAUAGGGAGUAGUCGGGUCACAGUUUUUGAGAGUGAUUUCCCCCUCGACCAAAUGCAUCUCGUGCUAAAAGACUGUGGAGUCUCUGGACUGAAUUUCCUGGCGAGAUUUUUUUUGUUUGACUGUCGACUUGAAAUGGGCUUAUAGUACAAAGUGCAUGAAAAAAGACUUCAAUGCGCCAAUAAUUUUAACCAUUACUGACCGAUUGUCUGAUAUAAUUCCCUCCAAACUGUUGCUGAAACCUUGACAUGUCAGUAAUCUUGUUUUCCAUACCGCCUACCUUCCCCAGACUGUAGGGUGUAAUUUGAAAUCACUCCGCCCGUCUUUCGGAUGUGCGUAGUCAUGGGAAUUUUGUGACGAGUUCAAUGAUGAGCUCACACAGAGAGAUAGAGCGACGGUUAAUGCUUUAAGUUGUAUUGUUAAAUAUUCGCAAGUCCAUAUUUUUGUAUUUGUGUAAUUCAAUUUGAUUAUUACUUUAGCCCUCCAUAUUGGAAUUUAUUUGUGAAAGCUGUUCCCUGUUAUUAUCUUGGACCAAUCUAUUGAAAUGAGAAAAAAAUUGGUGUGUCCUCCAGAAAGCUUUAAAACUGGGAACAGUGCUUAUUCAAAUGUGUGAUGAAUGUACCGUAGAACCUAGGCUAGGACUGUAUUUUAUUUAUAUUUUGUGUACAUAGAAAACUGUUUGUUAAAUAUGUGUACUGUAUAAAGAUGAUCCCAGAGGACGAUAUGUACAUUACUUGUUCAUAAUGUAAAAUCAUGUACAUUGUUUGUAACUAAAGUUUUUAGAAAUUACAAAAAUUUAUAACGA